AUGUAUAAAUUCGUCAGUCUGUUAAGCCCGAAUGUAGGAUAUCUAACAGUUCAGCGCUGGAAUUCGGUAAACCAGAGGCUACGCAAGGUGCUAAGUAACAUGCCGCUGGACCCAAAACACAUUGCCGAGGCGCAAAAACAGCGGUUAAAGCUGAAACAGAAAGUCUCCAAAGUUUCGCCCGGCAUUGUCAAUCUGCAAGUGCUAGGAUGCGGUGCUCCAGGGGCUCCUGCUUCGGUGUAUUUGUUCACUGAUCAGACACGCUAUUUGUUCAACUGUGGCGAAGGUACGCAAAGAUUAGCGUACGAACACAAAACGAAGCUUUCCUGUCUAGAGAACAUCUUCAUGACACGAACGAACUGGGAGCGAAUCGGUGGACUGCCGGGAAUAUGUUUAACGAUGCAGGACGUCGGCGUACCGGCUGUAUCCCUCCACGGACCGCCCGGGCUGGAUGAGCUGUUAAAAGCUAUGCGCCGAUUCGUAAUUCUUAAGGACAUGAAGGUGGAGGCUAAUGAAUACAACACCGGUGAUAUGUACGAGGAUCACGUCAUGACGCUUCGUUACGUUGUGAUCAAUCGAGAAUCCAUCAAGGCUAUAGAAACAUCACCCAAUGAGGAGUACAAACAGGAAGAGACUGUGAUAGACGAUACUGAUUACUACGCAUACGAAAGGAAAAAGGAGCCUUCGAAGCAAGAACCCACUUCGAGGGGAUCCAACGCACCAAUGAAUUGGACCAAACGUGAGGAGGAUUCCGUGAUGGCGUACAUCUGUAAGCUUAAACCUCGCCUGGGACAACUGUCGUUUGAGAAAUGUGUUGAUUUUGGUGUUCCUGCGGGACCGUUGCUGGGACAGUUGAAAAAUGGCAACGACAUAACAUUGCCCGACGGACGAGUUGUUCGAUCCAGCGACGUACGGGCCCCGGACGAUCCUGGGCCAGUUUUCAUGUUCAUCGACAUUCCCAGUAAAGAAUACUUGGCGGAUUUUCAAGCCAAAUCAGACCUAUUUGCUAAGUAUCAGCAGGAUGCAGUUGAAGAAUCUGAUCGGGCCGUUUUCGUUCUUCACUUCACUCCGCUGGACGUGAUGCGCUGUAACGAGUAUCGCCAGUUCAAGGAUCGAUUCUCCGCUAGCACCAUGCACAUCGCGUUGAAUGAGGUUAACAGCUUCUCAGGGUACAUCGCAGCUCACCGGAUACAGUACCAUCUGAAUCAACUGGACGAGCAGAUGUUCCCCUUGCUACGUGAAGAGAAUAACGACUACGAUCACCCUCCACCGACCGACUGCGAUCUUGUUCGAUCUUCUUCAUUAAGCCAUAUGCACAUCCGCCCACCGAAGGGUAUCGAAAGGGCUCUAGAGGCGUCGCUCAAUCCAAGCGAGUAUCUGAGCGAGUUGGAUGCGCUGCCAGAGUUUAAAGACGCACUGGCCGAGCUAAAGCAACAAAUGGUACAACACAACGAACGGCGCUCCGGAGCACUAAGAAGCGGACAAUAUCCACGCUUGGUGUUCCUUGGCACGGGAUCUUCCAUACCGAACAAAACGCGCAAUGUGAGCGCCAUUCUCAUCAUGACGAAUCACCAGUCGUCGAUUCUUCUGGAUUGCGGCGAAGGUACCGUUGGUCAGAUAUGGCGAUUUUUUGGAAAAUCCCAAGCGGAAACAGUAUUGCGUUCGAUAAAAGCAGUUUAUAUUUCGCAUCUGCAUGCCGAUCAUCAUCUAGGAUUGAUUGGUCUGCUACAAGCACGCAAAAAACUAUUCGGCGAUGAAUGUGAACGGAUUUCUCUAUUGGCUCCGGAACAAAUAUCGUACUGGUUACGGUUAUACGACUGUCGGUUCGAAACUAUCCACAAAGAUUACGUGCUUGUGAAGAAUGCAGAUUUGUUGGAAACUCCUCUGAAAGACGAAAUGUUGCUGGAUAUGGGUAUCAAGGAGGUUGCUACCUGCCGUGUUCGUCAUUGUCCCCACUCGUUCGGUGUGGCCCUAAAAGUGGAAGCCCUCGGCACCUAUCCUAAUGCGAACGUGAACGGAGAUAUUAAGAUCACAUACAGCGGCGAUACCAUGCCUUGCGAUAGUCUUAUUGAGCUGGGACGUGAUUCGACGGUCCUCAUACACGAGGCGACCAUGGAAGACGAACUGGCGGCUGAAGCUCGUGUCAAAAUGCACAGCACCCUAUCGCAAGCGAUCGGUCAAGGACGAAAAAUGAAUGCACGUUACACGCUGCUAACGCACUUCAGCCAACGGUAUGCCAAAAUUCCACGCCUUCGACCCGACCAGCAACAGUCGGGCUUGGGUACGGAUUUGGGCAUUGCGUUCGACAAUAUGGAAGUGACACUAGACGAUCUGCCUGCCCUGUGCAGGUUCUACCCCGCACUAAAAGCCAUGUUCAUCACCCACUUCGAAGAAAUGGAACAGAAGGCUAUAAAACGUGGCAACAAAAGGUUGCGACUGGAAACUGCAACAAACGGUGGCGCAAGCAAGAAAUGCUCCCCAAUGAGGUGA